AGCUCCAGAGUGUGACACCGGCGGAAGUAAACAAUGCAAGGGCGUUGGUAGCAACGUUAGCUUAAUGUAGGCAUUUGAAGGCUGUUGUGUAGCAGGUAAAUAUUUCACUAGUUUAGGUUAUAAUGUCUUCAGUUCCACAUUUAAGAGAUUUUAUAAACGUGACACAAACUUCUGUCGCUGAAGAGAAAGUGACAGAAUUUCAGAAAACCAUCGUCCAGCAUGAGGAAGAGAUGGAUCAUCAGCGCAGACUGCUGGACAUCAUCUGGAAACCACAGAUAAAGCUACACAGAGUAGACCUGUCACAGCAUUUUGUCUUUAAGGAGGACACGGUUGACCAGCAGCUCUGUAAGAGCAAGACCAGUUCCAUUCUGGACGAGGACCCAGAUCUUCCACGGAUUAAAGAGGAACAAGAAGAACUGUGCAUCACUAUGAACCAGGAGGACCCAGAGUCUCCUCAGAUUAAAGACGAACAGGAUGAACCCUGCAACAGUCUUGACCAGGAGGAUCCAGAGGCUCCACAGAUUAAAGAGGAACAGAAAGAACUCUGUGCCAGUUUGGAUCAGGAGGACCCAGAGCCUCCACACAUUAAAAUGGAACAGGAGGAACUUUACACCAAUCAGGAGGGAGAUCUGCUUGUUGUAAAGCUGGAGACUGAUGCCUUUAUGGUGACUUCUGCUAAUGAGAACAACGACCACAGUAAACUAGAGCCAAACAGUGACAUGCUCCUUUCUCAUAACUGUUUUGUGAUUGAGAGCCCAGAUCAUGAUGGAAAGAAGGAUGUAGAUUCAGAAUCAAGUGGAAAUGCAAAGCUGAGGACAAAGAAGAAACAUCACAGUCACAAUGUAGACAAAUCUCAUUUGUCAGAGAGUCACAGUAAUAAUGAUACGGUGAAAAAAUCGAUAAAAUGUUCUGUUUGUGAUGAAACCUUUAAAGAUGAGUACCAACUGCAGAAACAUCAGAGAAUUCACACCGGUGAGAAGAUGUAUGUUUGCAAAAUUUGUGAGAAAAGGUUCUACAAAGUAUCAUUAUUGAUAUUUCACCAAAGAGUCCACACAGGUGAGAUGCCUUAUUCUUGCAAAACCUGUGGUAAAAGUUUUAGGGUUGGCUAUUACUUGAAGCGCCACAUGAAGACCCACACAGGUGAGAAGCCAUAUAUAUGUGACACCUGUGAGAAAAGAUUUAGUAACUCAUCAGGAUUGAAAAAGCAUAUGAUAAGCCACACAGGUGAGAAGCCUUAUUCUUGCAACACUUGUGGGAAAAGUUUUGUUAGUAGCUCUUAUCUUAAAAUUCACAUGCAAAAUCACACAGGUGAGAAGCUGUACCCUUGCAAAACCUGUGGGAAAGUCUUCAGCUGUAGCUAUCACCUGAAAAUCCACUUUCGAAUUCACACAGGUGAGAAGCCAUAUUCUUGCAAAACAUGUGGUAAAAGUUUCAGAUUAAGUGAUGCAUUGUUGCACCACAUGAGAACCCACACAGGUGAGCGGCCAUACCCCUGCAACAUUUGUGGGAAGUUGUUUAAAGAUACCUCAACACUAAAAGUACACAUAAGAUCUCACACAGGUGAGAAACCUUAUGCCUGCAGCGUCUGUGGAAAACAAUUUAAAUCUGCUUCACCACUGACACAACACCUGAGAACUCAUACAGGUGAGAGGCCGUAUUUUUGUGAAACAUGCGGGAAAAGCUUCAUUCAGCGUAGCCAUAUGUUGCGCCACAUGACAAUUCACACAGGUGAGAAGACAUAUGCCAUACCGUGUCUCCCUACAGUCCGUGGUGAGAGUGUUGUGUUGUUCGCAGCUGAGCUAAGAAUGUCUUCAGUUCAAUAUCUGAGAGAGUUGAUCAGCGAGAGACUAACUGCUGCUGCUGAAGAAAUAUUCACAGAGUUUGAAAAAACCAUCGUCCGGUACGAGGAGGAGAUCGACCAUCAGCGCAGACUGCUGGAUAACAUCUGGAAACCACAGAUCACCUUACAAAUACCAGAGCCCCCACAGAAACAUGUAUGUAGGAUGGAGAAGAAUGUCGCUGUUCAGCAGCUCUGUAACCAGGAGAGGAACUCCAGUCUGGACCAGGAGGAGCCAGUUCAUUCACAAAUUAAAAAGGAACAGGAGGAACCCUGCAUCAGUGUGCACCAGGAGGACCUCAAGGUUUCAAAGAUUGAAGAGGAACAGAAGGAACUCUGCACCAGUCUGGAGCAAGAGCAGCUUGUACUACAGCAGGAGAUGGAUUUCUCUAUGGUGACUCCUACGUAUGAGGACCACAGUGCACCAGAACCAAACAAUGACCAGCUCCUUUCUCACAACUCUCCUGUAGCUGAGAGCCGAGGUCCGGAAGGAAGCAGGUAUAUAGACUUUGAAUCAACAAGAAAUGCAGCACUGAUGCCAAAGAUGAGGCUUGACAGAAACGGCAGCGAUAUUACCAAUGCAGACAACUGUCCAGUUUUACAGAGUCAUGGUAAUAGUUACAUAGGGAAAAAAUCUAUAAACUGUGAUGUUUGUGGAAAAGCCUUUAAGGAUAAUUACCAAAUGAAGAGACAUCACAGAAUCCACACAGGUGAGAAGCCGUAUGCUUGCAAUGCAUGUGGGAAAAGAUUCAGAAGCAAUGAUGCAUUGCUGGUCCACAUGAGAACCCACACAGGUGAGAGGCCUUACUCCUGCAACAGGUGUGGGAAGUUAUAUAAAGAUGCAUCAACACUGAAAGUACACACAAGAUCUCACACAGGUGAGAAACCUUAUGCCUGCAGCGUCUGUGAGAGGCGAUUUAAAGUCAUGUCAACACUGAAAACGCACAUGAGAACUCAUACGGGUGAGAGGCCGUAUUUUUGUGAAAUAUGUGGCAAAAGUUACAUUCAGCGUAGUCAUUUGACUGUUCACAAAAGAAGUCACACAGGUGAGAAUUCAUACUCCUGACACACCUGUGGGAGCCAAGCUUGACCAUGAAUUAUCUUAGAAAAUGAAAUGUUUAAAGUCUUGGCUCAUAAUAAAUGUGAACGUCAGUGAGGUACACUGUGUCGCAACAUAAAUCAUGUUUUUUAUAGCCUGUAUUUGUUUACAAUGUGCAGAAUAGAAUUCACUGAAUUAUUAUUUUAAAUCAUUGUUUUUUCCUGUUUGCCUUUGGAUGUACUGACAACUGUUACUGACAUAAUCUUUAAAAUCUCAAGAUUCUUGAGUAAGUUCUGAACUGUUCCAACAACUAACCAUCAGUGUAUUGUACAUUAUGUCUCUAACUGUGACAUGGUAUGAGAUCUUGCACCUGUGACAUCUUUUCUUGCCUUCAUGAGAUCGUCCCUAAUAUUUCUGAGUGAAUAUGUCCAAAUUUUCUUUCCUCAUGUGAAUGCAGUGUGAUUUGUUAAUGUACAGUUUGUUUAAAAACUUAGCCAUGCCAUUGAUUCACACUUUCACCAACAAUAAUGUUUCAAUAAUGUUUUGUUCAUUUUUAUAAGAGAGAUUUUUUUAAUCUUCCCUGUUACAUUUUUCAGGAAUAUGGAUUGCUACAAUUCAGCUAGUUAUAUUGUAAGGUGUGUUUCUAUAUGGUGUUUCAAAUUCGUGCUUCAUACACUCCCUUUUAACUUUGAGCACCUGCCCCUCCAAAGGUCUCUUCAUGGGCCUGGUGAUUUGUGAAUGUAGAGUUGGAUUCAAAACUUAGCCAUGCCAUUGAUUCACGCAUUUAUCAACAAUGUUUCUGUAGUCACUCAUUUUUAUAAGAGAGAUUUUUAUAUUAUUUUAUAGGUGAUGUAUAAAUAAAGUUUCUUUCCUAAAAGAA